GUGUUUUUCUAAAGUGCUUGUCGAAGAUGAGCAGCACGUGCUCUCCAGAGAACCUCUUGGGAAUCUGGACGACUUCAUCUUCCUCACCAACUGCGCGUCUUCACCUCAUCCGAAUUCCACUGGACCAUCAACAGAAGCCACUUUCCCAAGGGAUGUUUCUACCCAAAACCAUGGAGAAGGAUUCAGUCCCAUCUCCGGCCCAAUUGGCUCUUGCAAUGGCCGUCGUCAAGCAGAAGCCAACAGGCGUAGACAUCAAAGAACAUAUAAUGCAGAUCCGGGAAUUCAUCAAGGAAACAAAGGAUUCCCAUCGAUCUAGCUCCCAGGACAAGUUCUUUGAUAGCGUUUCCUUCUGGCAGCAGGCAUUUGAGAAAUCCGAAGCCGAGCAGAUCAAACUGCUGGAUCGAAUAUAUGAGCUGGAGCAACGAAAUGAGGCACUGCUCUCCAAGCUACAAACAGGUAGUACUACCCAUGAAGAAAAGACACAAGAAACAAACAAGCGCAAGGCCAAUACGAAUAAGAACACUGCAGCUCGAAAAAGAGCAAAGACACAGGCAUUCAAUCAGAAAGCUCCUCUGACCGAUGAUCAAAUGGGUGGUGAUAAUGCAAUCCUUAAUCAAAUCGAAUAUCUGGAAGAAUCUACGGGCCCAUUUAUGAGACACUUCUAUGUCCUACAAAGUGUGCUACAAAAAAGACCAAAUCGCUCCAUCAUCGUUAAAGCCACUGCCAAUUUAUCCAAGACAGCAGCCAACGAACUGCUCAAUGCAUCUCAUGACAAAAAGGCCGCAGGUCGAUCAAAAACGGCAAUCUUGAUACAGAGCAGAAAGCCUAAGAUCACUGCUGUUCUACGCAGCGUGGAACAUGCUUUUCAACUUCUUUACCAGGGAUUAGAGAAACUGAUUGGACCAAAGCAGAGUAUGCUGGAAAUAGGGCAGGUCAUUUAUCACCUCGUCAGCCUUUUUGACGCAGCCAUGAAGGCCUUGCAGCAGAACUGCAAGACCAAAGCUGAACAGUCCACAAGCACAAAGGCAAACGCAAAAUCUACCAAGAACAAACAGACUACAAAGCCAAAGAAAUCAGUGACUGCCCUCGCCCCUCCCAAGGCUGAUGAUGAGCUAGCGACUCAGAUAACUCGAUUACUGGGUACUAUGGCACUCUCGCUUGAUCUUACAUGCCCAGAGCACCAGGAGAUAUUGGAGGGCUUUCUAUUUACCUUGCUCACUCGUGUUGGUGUAUUGCUAAGUCUCUUUGUUUUUCAAGAUCUACAGUUACGCCCUGAUCUCCAAAUCGACCCUGCUCAUCUUCCGCUCCCCAAAGGGUUAAUGGAGGCUGGCCUAGAUGAUAAGUCAUUAUGCGCAGCGCACUUGGAGGCAAAGCAUCUCAUCUGGCUCUUGGAGAGAGUAUUGGCUUCCUUGGAUUCUACACCAUCCUGCUCUUUACCACCGGAAACCACAUCUUUCGUGUUUAAAAUAAAACAGCAACUACAAAGUACCUUGCUUCAAGCUGUUUUCGGUGCAGAUAGCGUGCAUUUCCACGAAUCCUUGCAGUAUCCCAUGAAGCCUGACGCUUUAGAGCUUGACCAGAUACAGACUUCAACGCAAACGCCUGAACAGACGACUCCUGACUGGUUUAUACAAGAAGUUUGGAGACUACUGGGGUGGGAUAUGCUUAUGAGCGACGACCUUUACAAGAAAAAGUGAAAUUAUAUCUGCUCGUUUCUUCUCUUGAUUUGCUAACUCCCGUAUUUUUAAUCGUUCUAAAGUUCGAUUGAUGACUGCAGAUUCUGUCUAUUUCCUCAUCGAAAAAGUAUACUAUACAGCUCAGUAUGAUCUUGAUUUAUAUAUUUACUAAUCGCUCCUGUACUUCCAUUGCUAGAUGCAAGAUAUUAAUAAUGCAAAUCGUGUA